GACCACGUUUUAGAUUGACCGAACCGAACCCCAGAAUCGAAAUGGCUUCCAAGCUGUUCUCCAAAGCUAGUCAUUUACAGUCAAAGGCAAGGUUGGAGGACAGCGUCGUUUGCGCACUAUGCACUUCCUUCAGAGAGGGACGAAACUGGGACGCCGUAACCCGCGAGUUUGGUGCCCUCGAGUUAAACGACUCGUCGGUGGAACAGGUCCUGCUGCACCUGAAUUCCCCCACCGACGCAAAGGCCGCAUUGGGCUUCUUCCAUUGGGCCGCGAAGCGCCACAACGGCUUCCAACACGCGACUCGCUCUUACUGCAUCGCCAUCCACCUCCUAUUGGGAGCCAGGUUAGUCACCGACGCACGUGCACUCCUCCAAUCACUCGCCCAAAGAAACACCGACACACGCACGGUUCGUGCGGUCGUCGAUUCCCUUCUCGACACGUGUCACCUUUCCACCUCUCGCUCUCUCGCGGUCAACCUUUUCAUCCAAGCCUACGCCAAGGCCAAGUUAACGGACCUCGCUUUCGACGCUUGCCGUUACGUCGAGGAUCGCGGGUUCUCCGUCAGCGUCGUUAGUUUCAACGCCUUGCUUCACGCGGUUCAGAGAUCUCACGAGUGUGGUCUCGUUUGGGAUGUUUACGAGUUCAUGAUUCGGCGAAGGGCUUACCCUAAUGUGACGAGUCUGAGGAUCAUGGUGGAUGCUCUGUGCAAGGAAGGGGAAUUGCAGAAGAGUGUUGACACCUUGGAUCGGAUCAUGCGGAAGAGGACCUUUCGUUCUCCUUCUAUGAUUGUUAACUGCGGUUUGAUGUUGAGGAUCAUGGAGAGGGGACACGUGGCGGAAUCGGAGCGCGACGUGGUGGUUUUGUUGAAGAGACUGUUGCAGAAGAAUCUGCUUCACGAGACCGUCGUGUAUUCGUUGAUUGUGCACGCCAAGGUUGUGUUUGGGGAUUUGGAUUCCGCGCGGGGGUUAUUUAUGGAGAUGGUGAGAAGAGGCUUCGAGGGGAAUGCUUUUGUUUAUAAUUCGUUUAUUGGAGCGUUUUGCAGAGAUGGGAGGAUUGAGGAGGCGGUUGGUUUGAUGCGUGAAAUGGAAGGAAAGGGGUUGGAGCCUUAUGGUGAGACGUUUGAACACAUUCUCGUUGGUUGUGCCGCGGAUUCGGAGCGGUUGGAGGAGUGUUUGCGUGCUUUUGAGGAAAUGGUGAAGGUUGGGUUUGUGCCUGGUUGUUUGGUGUUUAAUGAGGUGGUGGAGAGGCUGUGUGAGAGGGGUUAUGUGGAGAAGGCAAAUGAAAUGUUGACUGUUUUGUUGGAUAGAGGGUUUUUGCCUAAUGAUGUUACUUACUGUCGUUUGAUGCAGGGUUAUGCUGAGAAGGAGGAGGUUCAGGAAGUUCUCAAGCUGUAUUAUGAAAUGGAGUACAGAUCUGUGAGUCCUGGAUUGUUGGUUUUCGUGGCGAUUAUUCGGUGUUUGUGCCGCUGUGGGAAGGUUGAAGAUGCAGAGAGGUAUUUGAGGAUUAUGAAAGGGCGUUCGGUGAGCCCAGAUGUGACUGUGUAUGAGGCAUUGAUUGAUGGAUACGCGAAGAAGGGGGAUAGUGGUAAGGCUAUUUGCCUGCGAGAGGAGAUGGCUUCUUUGGUGUUGUGAUGUGGUGUUGUUAUUGUACAGAAAAGAGGUGAAAGGAAGGUAGUGCUUCUUGUUUCGAGAAAUGGUGCUUCCAGCAAUGUAUAAUGUCAAAAUGGUGAUAUGGAUGUGUUAUUUAUGCUGCAUCAAGAGCAAUGUAUGUUGGAAACUUGUUGUGAAGUGUGGAAUGGGCUGAUAUGGUUAAAUUAGAUGUCAUAUAAAGGAGGGAGGCUUGCAGGCUUUGGACAUGGUGAGUAUAUAACAGAAGAAGCAACAUGAAAUAUUGAAAUGUAAGAUUUUGUUGCUUUGUGUAGUAUGUGCAAAUUGGAAUACAUAGAACUGCCAACAAGCAUUUCAAAGAUAGUCAUACCUUUGGAAGUGGUAGUGACAUGAACUUGUCAGAUACACAAUUUGGCAAAAUUUUAACAACUGGAUUUCAUUGAAAUAUUUUUCUCAUUCCCAGUAUUUUCAUUAAUUUACUGAUGCCAUUUGGCUUUUGAAGUAAGUUGUUAUUUGGAGGUGGUUGUGGCUUUAGUAUUGAUGAUAUUGCGACAACCUGCAAUUUUUACGAUAUCACAUUAUUGUUGUCCUCCAGAUGUAUAUAGAUUUCAUACAAUGUGGAAUGGGCUGAUAUGUAUAAAUUACA